AUGGCUCCGACAUACAUCAAAGUCCCCGGGCGGGACAACAAUGAACAUGCGAAUGCAAGCCUUACACCAAAGAGCGCGCACAUGGCGACGACCACACUGCGCGUUGGUGGCAUGACGUGUGGAUCGUGCACAGCAGCCGUCGAGGGCGGCUUCAAGGGCGUAAAGGGCGUUGGUACUGUCUCCGUCAGCCUUGUUAUGGAGAGGGCUGUCGUUAUGCACGAUCCGCGGAUCAUCAGCGCUGAGCAGGUCCGAGAGAUCAUCGAGGAUUGCGGGUUCGACGCCGAACUGCUGUCGACGGACCUCUUGAGUCCGCUUGUUCCUCGAUUUUCGGACGCCAAGGGGGACGAGGACAUCGAUAGCGGCCUCAUGACGACCACGGUGGCCAUCGAGGGCAUGACCUGCGGUGCCUGCACUUCUGCUGUUGAGGGUGGCUUUAAGGAUAUUCCAGGUGUCAAGAACUUCAGCAUCUCGCUUCUUUCUGAGCGAGCCGUCAUCGAACACGAUCCGGAGCUCCUGCCCGCCGAUAAGAUUACGGAAAUCAUCGAAGACCGGGGAUUUGGCGCCGAAAUCGUCGAUUCCGUCAAGGCGCAGCCCGAUAGCAGUCCCGAGGCUGAGAAUCCAACAAAUCAUGUCGUCACCACGACGGUGGCCAUCGAGGGAAUGACUUGCGGGGCCUGUACGUCUGCUGUUGAGGGAGGCUUCCAGGGAGUCGACGGCAUCUUGAAAUUCAACAUCAGUCUUCUGGCCGAGCGCGCGGUCAUUACUCACGAUGUCACCAAGAUCUCCGUCGAACAAAUUUCCGAAAUCAUCGAAGACCGAGGCUUUGGUGCCACGAUUUUGUCCACCGUCUCCGAGGCCAACGACCUCGGCAGCACGACCUCGCAAUUCAAGAUCUUUGGCAGCCCAGACGCCACCGCCGCAAAGGAAUUGGAGGAAAAGCUGCUGGCACUUGCGGGUAUCAAAUCUGCUUCGCUCAGCCUAUCCACGGAUCGCCUGUCCGUCACGCACCAGCCUGCCGUCAUUGGGCUUCGAGGGAUCGUCGAGGCGGUUGAGGCGCAAGGCCUCAAUGCUUUGGUUGCGGACAGCCAGGAUAACAACGCGCAACUCGAGUCGCUGGCCAAAACCCGGGAAAUCACAGAGUGGAGGACGGCGUUCAAGACGUCCGCCGCAUUCGCCAUCCCGGUAUUCAUUCUUUCCAUGGUGUUGCCCAUGGUCUCGGACAGUCUUAACUUGAGUCUGAUCCACCUUGGCCACGGUCUCUAUCUGGGCGAUGUCGUCAACUUGAUACUUACCACACCCGUUCAGUUUGGUGUCGGGAAGCGAUUUUACGUCUCGGCCUUCAAAUCGCUCAAGCACCGUUCGCCGACCAUGGAUGUGCUCGUCAUGCUUGGCACCUCCUGCGCUUACUUUUUCAGCGUCUUCUCCAUGAUUAUAUCCGUUCUCUUCGAGCCUCAUUCCCCACCGGGCACGAUUUUCGACACCAGCACCAUGCUCAUCACCUUUGUGACCAUGGGCCGCUAUUUGGAGAACCGCGCCAAGGGUCAAACAUCAAAGGCUCUGUCCCGCCUCAUGUCCCUGGCCCCAUCCAUGGCAACCAUCUACACGGAUCCCAUUGCCGCGGAGAAGGCAGCAGAAUCAUGGGCCAAAUCGACCGAUGCACCCGCAGACCCAAAGGCCCAAUCUUCUGGAGAUGCAAACGGCUCUGCAUACGAGGAGAAGAGCAUCCCUACUGAACUGCUUCAGGUGGGAGAUAUCGUCGUCAUCCGACCCGGUGAUAAGAUUCCGGCGGACGGUGUCGUUAUGCGAGGAGAAACCUACGUCGACGAGAGCAUGGUCACUGGAGAGGCGAUGCCAGUGCAGAAAAGCAUUGGCCACAACAUGAUUGGAGGCACGGUCAACGGCAACGGCAGGGUGGACUUCCGCGUCACUCGAGCCGGGCGUGAUACCCAGCUCAGCCAGAUCGUCAAGCUCGUUCAGGAUGCCCAGACAACAAGGGCACCAAUCCAGAAGGUGGCCGACACUUUGGCUGGCUACUUUGUGCCUACGAUCUUGUUACUCGGCGUCCUCACCUUCCUCGGAUGGUUGAUUCUUAGCCACGCCUUGUCGCACCCCCCUAUGAUCUUCUUAGAGAACACUAGUGGUGGCAGAAUCAUGGUAUGCGUCAAGCUAUGCAUUUCCGUUAUUGUAUUCGCAUGCCCCUGUGCCCUUGGCUUGGCCACGCCGACUGCUGUCAUGGUAGGAACGGGCGUGGGAGCUGAGAACGGCAUCCUCAUCAAAGGUGGAGCCGCGCUGGAGCGAACGACCCAGCUUACAAAGGUCGUUUUGGAUAAGACAGGCACAAUCACUCGAGGCAAAAUGGACGUCGCGAAGAGCGGCCUGGUUUUCCCCUGGAAUGACAACGUGUCGCGGACCAAACUCUGGUGGGCAGCUGUUGGUCUUGCAGAAAUGGGCAGCGAACAUCCCAUCGGAAGAGCUAUUCUGGCAGCGGCCAAGGCGGAAGUCGGAAUCCUUGAACCCGACGCUGCCAUCCCAGGAAGCGUCAAUGAUUUCAAGCUGACCGUUGGCAAGGGCAUCAAUGCGGUUGUUGAGCCUGCAGUGUCUGGUGAUCGGACACGCUAUAGGGUUCUUGCUGGAAAUGUCACUUACCUUGAAGAGAGCGGCGUUGAGGUCCCCAGGGAUGCCGUUGAGGCAGCCGAGCGAAUCAACUCGUCUGUUAAGAGCUCACGGGCCAAGGCUGUAACUGCGGGCACAACCAACAUCUUCGUCGCCAUUGAUGGAAAGUAUAGCGGUCACCUUUGCCUUUCCGACACUGUCAAGGACGGGGCGGCCGGGACCAUAUCUGUGCUGCACCGCAUGGGCAUCAAGACGGCCAUGGUGACCGGAGACCAACGGGCCACCGCUCUGGCCGUUGCCGCCCUUGUGGGCAUCUCUCCCGAGGACGUGUAUGCCGGUGUGAGCCCUGACCAGAAGCAAGUUAUAGUACAGCAGUUUCAGAGCCAGGGAGAGGUGGUCGCCAUGGUGGGAGACGGCAUCAACGACUCGCCCGCCCUCGCCACAGCCGACGUCGGCAUUGCCAUGUCGAGCGGGACGGACGUGGCCAUGGAGGCCGCAGACGUCGUGCUCAUGCGUCCCGACGACCUGCUGAGCAUCCCGUCCGCCAUCCACCUCACCCGAACCAUCUUCCGCCGCAUCAAGAUGAAUCUGGCGUGGGCGUGUAUCUACAACAUUAUCGGUCUGCCCAUCGCCAUGGGUUUCUUCCUGCCGUUUGGCAUUCACAUGCACCCCAUGUUCGCUGGGUUUGCCAUGGCCUGCAGUAGCAUUAGUGUAGUAGUUAGCAGCCUGGUACUCCGAUGGUGGCAACGACCGCAGUGGAUGGACGAAGCCUCCGCCGAGCCGGCAGGUGGCCUGCGCUGGAUGAGCGGCACGGGCAUCGUUGGCUGGGCCAGGGAGACGUUUGGACGCGUCAGGGGAGGGAAGCGCGAGGAGGGUUACGUGGCGUUGGAGAAUUUAGAGGCUUGAUGAUGGUC